AUGGCGUCAGGCGAGGCUCCCAAGCGCCCCCGGGUGUUUUUUGACAUCGCCCUCGAUGGAAAGGAGCUCGGCCGCGUGACCAUGGAGCUCUACUCCGACCUCGUCCCCAAGACGGCCGAGAACUUCCGCGCUCUCUGCACCGGCGAGAAGGGGGUUGGCAAGUCGGGGAAGCCCCUCCACUACAAGGGGUCCAUCUUCCACCGUGUCAUCAAGCAGUUCAUGAUCCAGGGUGGUGACUUCACAGCUGGUGACGGCACUGGCGGCGAGUCCAUCUACGGCGCCAAGUUCGAGGAUGAGGCGUUCCCCAGGAAGCACGAGAAGCCGUUCCUCCUGUCCAUGGCCAAUGCCGGACCUAAUACAAACGGCUCUCAGUUCUUCGUCACUACUGUGCCAACCCCCCAUCUGGACAACAAGCACGUUGUCUUCGGCGAGGUUCUGAACGGAAAGUCCGUCGUCCGCCAGAUUGAGAACCUGCAGACCGGCUCCGGCGACAAGCCCAAGAAGGAGGCUUCCAUCCUCGACUGCGGCGAGCUCACCGGCGAGGCCGCGCUGGCCGCCGACGUCAAGCAGCCCGACGCCCUCGGCGACCCCUACGAGGACUUCCCCGAGGACUGCAAGGAGCAGCUCAACGCCAAGAAGGUCCUCGAGAUCGCCACCGCCGCCAAGGACUACGGCACCAAGGCCUUCAAGGCCGGCAACCUCAAGCUCGGCCUCGAGAAGUACGAGAAGGGCCUGCGCUACCUCAACGAGGAGCCCGACCUCGAGGAGGAGACGGCAGAGACCAAGGCCGCCCUCGAGGCCCUGCGCUUCUCCCUCAACUCCAACGCCGCCCUGCUGUCCACCAAGCUCGAGGCCUGGGACGAGGCCAUCCGCUUCUCCACCUCGGCCCUCGCCGUGGCCAAGCUCUCGGACAAGGAGAAGGCCAAGGCCCUCUACCGCCGCGGCUUCGCCAACAUCCGCCUCAAGGACGAGGAGUCGGCCCUCAAGGACCUCGAGGAGGCGCACAAGCUCGUCCCCGAGGACUCGGCCGUCACCAACGAGCUCAACUCCGUCAAGGCCAAGGCUAACGCCCGCGCUGCCAAGGAGAAGGCUGCGUACAAGAAGUUCUUUGACUAA